AUGCCCAAGCCAUGCUCUUUCAUUAUCUCCGAACCCAAAAACUCGUCCCUGGUUUGUUACCACCACAGUAUGGUACAAUCCUGUGCUAAUUUGGGAAAUGUGGUAGGGUCUCAAGCUAUCAAGGACUCGAGGUUUUACUAUUUUAUCAGAUACUCCCCUGUCUCGAAAUCCAAGGCUACCAAAACCCAAGCCUCCAUUUCACGCACUUCGCAGCCUCCGCCUCCACCUCUGCUCUCAUCCGCCUCCACCUAUGCUCUCCUCCACUACGAGGCGGCGUUGUGCCGGGAUUUUGAUCAGAAAGUGAACGCCGCCAACAAGCUCGCAAGCACCAGAGGGUUCUUCUCACUAACUCCACCAAUUAGAUGCCCAAGUGCGUGCAACAUCUGUCAGCUCUGCUCGACUGCUCCGCCUCCACAGCUCCACUGA